UUUUUAUUGUCAAAAAUUUAUUAAUAUUAACAAGUCAUGAAUAAAUUGUCAGAUCAGAUUCAAUGUUAAAAAAUUUUGAGUUUUUAUAUUUUUAUGUACUUUUACGCAGUUUAUUAGAUAUUUGUUUAAAUUUAUUAGGAAAAGGAUAAUUGCAUUCUACGGGUAAAACAAACAAUUUCCAAAUGAGGUCUCUCUUUGGUUUGUCGUUCCUUCUUUGUGUGGUAUUUGGCACCUGGGUUCCAAAAAAUCGUGAAGAAAUUUGCAAGGAUCGUAAAGAAUGCAUCAAAGAGGCUAACCUAUCAAAAUCGAAUUUAGAUUUAGUCAUGCAAGACGCAUUUGGUGCCGAAUUUCCCUUGAAUGAUGAACUCAACCGUUAUAUUUAUUGUAUGGGUGAAAAAUCAGAAUUAUGGGAGAUGGGUACAAUGGAUGCUAAUAUAGAUCGGGUAUAUGAGGUAUUCCAUGCGCUUGGUUACGACGUGAACAAGGACGAUUUGGAAAAGUGUUUUGUGCCAAUAUUCGAUGUUUCUUAUUAUGUUUGGGCCGGCAGAAGUAUCAAAUGUUUGUGGGAUAAAAAGCUUAUAAGAAGGAAAGCAGGAUGUAGUUGUGGGAAUGAGUCUACUGCAACUGGACAACAUGCGAAAUGAAUUAGCGACACAAUAAAAUUAGUAGCUUUUCAAAACA